AUGGAGACAGCCAUUCGCUGGUCGCCAUCCUCCACCACGGCGGAGCAGCGCUUUCUCUCCGUGGACGUGACAGGGAAGGCAUUCCGCCUGUGCAGGGUGACUGCAUUUGACGGCCGCAACCUAGAACAUGAGGUGCUGUCGGCGCAUACCAAGGUGCCCGCGUUCCGCGCCUUCGAUUGGUCUCCCAUGGACGAGUCCCUGGUCGCCGUGGGCCAAUCCUCGGGAGACGCGACCAUCUUGCGCAUGAGCAGCGAGAACCCGGAGUCGUUCUCGUUCCCCAUCCGGCACCAGCGCUAUUGCAAUGCUGUCGCAUUCAGCACGCAUGGUCUGUUGGCGGCGGGGCUGGACCGUGUGCGCAACGACUUUUGCUUGAAUAUUUGGGAUGUUAAUCAGCGACUGGUCUUCAAGGGCUCCAAGGGUUAUAUCGAGCCACUGCGGAAAUUAGCAAGCUCGGAGCCCAUCACGAGUAUCAAGUUCUUUAGAGAUCAACCCGAUACCCUGGUGACCGGUGUGAAAGGCCAGUAUGUUCGGAUUUAUGAUCUGAGAGAGGGCCCGGGAAAUCCAUCUCUACAAUUUGCCACACGAUCUGUCCAUAAUCUGGCUAUCGACUGGCUUGAUGAAAAUUACAUCGCUUCCGGUUAUUCGACUAAUGACCCUACCAUAUGCAUAUGGGAUCGGCGGAUCGGAUCUCGGUUUACUGCAUCCACGGUGGGUGCAGCGACUGCACUUGAGACUAGUCAGGCAGGUCCGGCACUUGAAUUCAAGAACGUCCUCGGCCCUAAAUCUACGCUGUGGAGUCUACGAUUUUCAAGGACAAAGAGAGGAUGUCUGGGUGCACUUACAAACACUGGCAGCUUCAAGACAUUCGACAUCGCCAAGGAAUAUCUGUCCGAAGAGCACCUCUCAUCUAUGGAUGAGACUCUCGGGCAAGGCUCUAUGAGUAACUACCCUGAACAGAUCUACACAAAAUCUAUUCGCGAUGUUAUCAGUCCCUUCAAUCAUCCUACGCGAGGCUGCAAAGAGUCUGAUAGGGUCGUGGCAUUUGAUUUCCUAAAUAUGAGCACUUCCAAUGAACCGACGGCAGUAACCUUGGCUGGAGAUGGGCAGAUUAGCUUGGUUACGGUACAGCCUCCUUCUCCACCUGUGCGGCUGUCUUCUCAAGGUGUUCUCAUUCGGGGUAGCUCUGAGGAUCACGCGGACUUUACACAGUUGCGCCCUGUUUCUGGCGACCACUCGAGUAUCUCAGAAGUUGUUGAACGCAUCCGCGAGCGCAACCUCUCCACUUUAGACGCGCAGAAUAAUCUUUCCAGCCGUGAAGUUCGGGAGCGAGACUUAUCCCUGGGCACUCUUGGCCAGCCAUUGGCUGCCGACGAGGCGCUGGCGCUAUUGACAGUCAAUAGACUACGCUGCAAAGAAGGAUACCUGUUUGAUGAAGCGCGGAACAAGCGAAUCCUAGCAGACGACCCUGAUCUUCAGGGUCUUUGGAGCUGGGUUCAGCGUGCACGUUCCGAUUCAUCAGGUUCUACAAUGAUUAGGAAUGGUCUGGACUUCAAUUAUCUUGGAGUGUAUGAUAUCUGGAACAAUGACCUAGGUCGGAAUCUUGACAGUCGACGCGUCGGUGCAAACAACGCCGACUCCUCAUCACUUAGCGAAAGCAUCAUCGAGCUCGUCCGGGAGCAAUUACAUCUACCUGAAAUGAAAGGCUGUCAAACAUCUUUUCCAGAACAUCGCCGACUUUGCCUGCGUCUCUGUGGUGCAGCGCAGUCCCACCGUGAAUUGGAGGAACUUGUGAAGACACUGUCCGCGGAUAAUCAGCAUACUAAAGCAGCCGCACUGGCUGUCUUCCAGGAUGAAUCCAAGCUGGCUUAUCUAGCAUUGCGCAGUCACGAAUCUACUCAAGCGCAUAAACUACUUGCUAUGGCGAUCGCAGGUGCGGCCAAAGGGGAGGCUGAUUCAGAUUGGGAAGAGACAUGCGCGGAGAUCGCGAAAGAACUCGUGGAUCCCUACGCGCGGGCUAUACUGGCUCUUGUCAGUAAAGGGGAUUGGAAAUCAGUUAUUCAGGAGACAACCCUCCCCCUAAAAUACCGGGUUGAGGUUGCUUUGCAUUGGCUUCCGGACGAGGAACUCACCGAAUACCUGACCGCAAUUACCGCUGAAGUAGUCCGGCAAGGGGAUAUCGAGGGAAUUGUUCUCACAGGGCUCGGCUACUCCGCUUUAGAUCUCUUCCAAUCGUAUAUUAACAAAUUCAAUGAUGUCCAGACGCCGGUCCUGGUCAUGAGCCACACUGUGCCGCGAUUCAUCAGCGAUGGCCCAGGCAGGGCUCGCUACGAGGCAUGGCGCGAAACCUACCGCUGGCAGAUGAAUUCGUGGAAACUUCAGCUGGAAAGAGCGCGGUUUGAUGUCGGCUCACGCAAAUUUGCCUUCGCCUGGGACGGGCGCAGAUUGAUCCAGCCUCCUCGACAACAAGUCAGCUUGACUUGCAACUACUGUACCAAACCUCUGACACAACAUGACGCAUCCUCUCAUGUUUCUCCAUCUACGGCGGGCGAAGUGGUACAUCCAACUGCAGGCAAUCCUCUGGGAACAGCCGUCAUGUCCGGCAUGGUGUGCCCCCGCUGCGGACGACCUAUGCCUCGCUGUGGCGUCUGCACACUCUGGCUAGGCUCCCCAGACCCGAUGUCCAGGGCGUGUAUCGCAGCCGAUGUGGGCCAAGAGCAACGCAAAUCUACCGAGACCGAGGUCAUGCGCAGAUUUGUCGUCUUCUGUAUUAACUGCAAUCAUGGCUUCCACGCACACCAUGCUCGAGAAUGGUUCGCCAAACACAAGGUGUGCCCUGUCGCAGAAUGCAGUUGCAUUUGUGACCGGUAA